CGUUCGUCCUGAACUUCAUCUCGUCUCUUGUGCUUGUGACCCUCGUUGUUGUUGCUUCUCCUUUUAUUUCCCCGCUUCCCCCUUCCCACCUCCCGCCCUUCUUUUUUUUCGAGCGCUAGGUCCAUUUACGUUUGAUAACUACCCCACUUACUGUAAAAGUCACUGCGACUCUGUUCCUGGAUCUAAUCACCUUGCUUUUUUGCAGACCGCAAGUUUACAUUUGAAAGAUUGCUGUUACUGACAUCUGAUAAUGUACAUAAUCUGACCACGUUCUUUGGGGAGCAAGUUGAUCUCCUUGCCCGCAUCAAGGAGUACAAAGAAGCACAGAUUAGCAGUCGAGCAAACUCCGCUGACACUGGAAUAGUUGUGAGUGAAUGUGCAGCUUCUCAGUCUUCUCAUGGUCACAGCGACGAAACGCCAGGCACGAGCACUUCUCAGGCUUUGGAGAAGAGGAAACGCAAUGCCUCACUGCUAAGCGCCACCCAAAAGAAGCUCAAGGCCGUAUCUGAUAGAACUCUUGUUGAGCAAUUGGACCUUCGAAAGCUAUUUGAAAAUGACUGCACGUGCAAAGAGAUUUUACUGAGUUAUGAGCAUGCAGUGCACAUUUACAACAGUGCUGAGGACCAUGAAGAUGAGACUGAUGAACCGGGGCUCAGUGAACAUCAACGCAAUGAGUUGUGUGCUGGUAUCGUAAAGAAUUUCAUCCUAAAGGAAAUGCAAAAUCCAGGAGAUCAUCGCCUCUUCCCUGAGAUUUCUAAAAAGCUUAAAGCAAUUUUUCCAAAAGAAAGUGAGGAAACGUGGUAUAUUGAACCUAAAACGGAGGGCAAACAUCAGACACACCCGAAAGGAAAGAUUCCUAUUAAAGUCCGAAACGAGCAGAGCAAGCAAAGGAAUUUGCGAGUUGCAGGCCUAUCUGGUAGGCCAACUUCAAGUUCUGCACGUCCACAAAAGAGCUCUCUACAAACAAUUAUAGCCAAACCUGUUACGGAAGAAAUCAAAGGAGCCAAAGUUUGGCUACAGAGGGGGCGUACUCCUUGGCCUACAGUUUUGGAAAAGUGGAGGUUAACAGCUCCUCUCCGAUUUCGCACCUUGUUCAUUCAUAGUGGCGAGGCGUACAUCAACUCUUACCUAAACGAGUGGGCAAUUCUGGAGCACAACUCAGGCCACGAACUGUUACUUGAGGACUUCAAUCUCCUAUGGAAUGGUCGAGAGACGAGGCUUUUUGAUAAAUGGGAGUCAUUUGAGAGAAAGACCUUGACAAUUGCCAAGAAAGACAUAAAGGACAAGUUGACCAAAGUGCUAUUAAAAAAGUACAAGAAAGAGCUUAAUCAAG